CCAUUAUACAUAAACUCUCCCAAUGGAAAUCGACAACACGGCUGUGGGCACUGGACAAUUCGGUGGAUGCUGGUGUCGAGUUGCAGCUCAGAGAUGAAACUGCGUCGGUGGAGCUGAAGUCAAUGCCAGCUGUUCCCUCUCCAAAGCAAACGUCUGGAGAGUCCAUCAGCAAACUUCCUCCAGAAUUGAGCAUCUCCAGGGGUCCACCGUCCCACCGAGCAUGGGUUCAUAUCCGGUUGUCUUCCCCACCCAGGCGAGAAUUUUUUUUCUCUUCUACAUCGCUUGUCGCCGACGAACGACGGCAAUGGCCACCGCUCCGUAGUAUCUAUCAGUCACUCAAUCACGCAAAAAGGGUCAGGAAGAAUGCAACCGCAGAAUUUUUUUGA